CGAGGGCGGGGCUAGGGGGAUACAGAGUUCGAUACAACACCUGUCUACGCAGCACGUGCACCGCGCAACUGAAACGCCAGCCCAUUGUUGGGGGAAACAUUUUUAAUAUUCGACAGCAUUCCUUCAGACGAAUCUCACUGACGUUCACACCGUCAUGUGAAUUGUGACAGGUUGACAAUCUCCUCGCACAGGUUAAAUCCGCGUAUGUCUACUCAUCCUUCUUUGGUCUUUACGCACCAAAAUACGCCUUUCGAAGCUCGUGACGCAACUGAGGCUGUUACGUUGAUAUUUAAUUUCCCCUCCCCGGGCUGUUCUGCUCCCAUCACUCUCCUCCCUCCGUUGUAACUAUUUCUCCUAUCUCCGAGCAAGCGACUAACAUGGAUAUUAUAAACCAGUUGGUUGCCAACGGGCAAUUCAGGGUGCUGAAAGUCCCAUUGGGCUUCAUCAAAGCCUUAGAAUGGGUGUUUGCCAUCUUUGCAUUCUCAACCUGUGGGAGUUACUCGGGCUCCUUCAGGAUGAGUGUGGAGUGCAAGAACAUAUCACAGAGUAACCUGAAAAUAGACGUGGAUUUUGAGUAUCCCUUCAGACUCCAUCAAGUGUAUUUUGAUGUCCCCACCUGCAAGGGUAGCCAUAAUGACCGUUGCUUUCUGGUUGGGGAUUACUCAUCCUCAGCAGAGUUCUUUGUCACCAUCGCCGUUUUUGCAUUCCUGUAUUCCAUGGCAGCUCUUAGCAUCUACAUCUUUGCCUUUGAGAAGUACCGUGAGAACAAUAAGGGACCACUGAUUGAUUUUGGCGUGACAUGUGUGUUCACCUUCAUGUGGCUUGUGAGCUCAUCAGCAUGGGCAAAGGGUUUGUCAGAUGUGAAGACAGCUACGGACCCCGAGAAAGUCCUGGAACUGAUCCCUGCCUGUGAGUUGGAGGGUAACCGCUGCCGUGAAGUUUACGACCCUGUCAUGUCUGGUCUUAAUACUUCUGUGGUCUUUGGUUUCCUGAACCUGAUCUUGUGGACGGGUAACCUGUGGUUCGUGUUUAAGGAGACCGGAAUCAUCGCACCAUUUAUGCGCCAACAGCCCGCCCAGGAGAAGCAGCCCGCCCCUGAUUCCUACGGACAGGGAGGUUAUGGGCAGCCAGACCCAUACGCCAGCUCCCAGGGAGGCUACCAGCCUGACUACAGCCAGCAAGGCUACAAUCAGAGUGGAGAUUAUGGCCAGGCCGGCUACGAGCAGCAGGGAGCACCCACCUCCUUUGCCAACCAGAUGUGAGCGGAGAAAUAUCUGAAGAAGCGGAAGGCGACUGGGGAGUGGAAG